AGAGUAAGAGCCAGAUUCAUACUUCCUGUGUACACGUUCAGGAAAUAGUGAUUUCCGUAGCUUUUGUAGUUGUUUACCUCAUGGUAAAUAUGAAAAUAAAACUUUAUAGCGUUAUGUGAUGGAUAUAAAUUGAUAACAGUCUAUUUUAACCAAGUGGACGAGUCAUCGAUGACAACAUAAGCUUCAACAUCAAGGGAAUCGAAAACUGUUAAGGUUAGGGUAUGUGUUGAACAAAGUUUUUGCAACAACAAAAGCUCGAUUUCCUUUCAGCUGUCAAUUUUUAAUUUUGAACGUACAUGCACGAUGCAGAUAAAUGUAUUUUAUUUCGUGAAAUGAAAUAUAACUACAUGUAUUUUAGCUGAAUGAUCUAGUUUGCCUGUUCGGAAUGUUUUGGUUUCUCUAGCUAUCCUACUAGCGCCACGUCACAUAGCUCUUGAAAAGGAUACGCUUUGGAAAAAGUAAAGCAGAAUCGGACGGAUUCAACUACUGUCAUCAUCGUUACUUGGACCAAAUAACGGCCGCAACUUUACAGUGGUCAUUUCUCUACGUAGUAUUGAACGUUUUUUUGUGUGGUGAAGAAAACCUACACAUUCAAAAUGACGGCGGCGGCUUCAAACUGGGGUUUGAUCAUGAACGUGGUCAACAGCAUCGUUGGAGUGAGCGUUCUGACCAUGCCGUUCUGUUUCAAACAGUGUGGGAUAGUGCUGGGGACUUUGUUGCUGUUCUUCUGUUCGUGGAUGACCCACCAGUCGUGUAUGUUUCUGGUCCACACGGCUAACAGCACCAAACGCAGGACCUAUGCUGGCCUAGCUUUCCAUGCCUACGGCAAACCAGGCAAAACACUGGUGGAGACCAGUAUGAUAGGUCUGAUGUUGGGGACCUGUAUUGCCUUCUAUGUCGUCAUCGCUGACCUGGGCUCUAAUUUCUUCGCCCAAUUGUUGGGCCUACCGGUGUCAUUUGGUUUCCGUGUGCUGCUGCUGAUCACGGUGUCUCUGUUCAUCGUGCUGCCUCUCAGUCUGCAGAGGAACCUGAUGUCAUCCAUCCAGUCCUUCUCUGCCAUGGCCCUCAUGUUUUACACGUUCUUCAUGUUCACGAUAGUCAUGUCUUCUCUGCGUUACGGCCUGAUCUCAGGCUCCUGGUUCGAGCGCGUACACCUGUGGCGGGUCAGGGGCGUCAUACAGUGCCUGCCCAUUAUCGCCACCACCUUCUGCUGUCACCCGCAGGUGUUGCCUACCUACGACAGUCUGGACGAGCCCUCCAUCAAACGCAUGAGCACCAUCUUCACCACCUCCCUCAAUGUCGUCACCACCUUCUACAUCACGGUUGGCUUCUUUGGUUACGUCAGUUUCACGGACGACAUAGCCGGUAACGUUCUGAUGAACUUCCCUUCUAACCUGGUGACAGAGAUGAUCCGGGUGGGCUUCAUGAUGUCAGUGGCUGUGGGCUUCCCCAUGAUGAUACUGCCCUGUAGACAGGCCAUCAACACCAUGCUGUUCGAACAACAGCAGAAGGACGGGACGUUUGCUGCAGGGGGGUACAUGCCUCCACUUCGUUUUAAGAUGAUCACCCUUGCCAUCGUCUUCGGAACCAUGCUGGGAGGCAUCCUCAUCCCCAAUGUGGAGACCAUCCUGGGACUGACUGGAGCCACCAUGGGCUCCCUCAUCUGCUUCAUCUGCCCCGCACUCAUCUACAGAAAGAUACAGAAGAAUGGACUCACUGCACAGCUGGUGUUAUGGGUGGGGUUAGGCAUCCUGCUGGUCAGCACCCUUACCACGUUGUCAAUCUCAGCCAGUGACUCCACCCCCAAGCAGGCCCCUCCUCCCCCUGCAUCGGUCAAGAGUGCCAUCUUUGGGGUCCUUCCUGAUGUUCCUGAUUUACGGAACGCAGUAGAGAAGCCAGUGGCAGUGAAACAGCCUGAGGUGAAGCCUGUGUUGGCGGAGAGGCCUAAUGCCCCAGCUGCAGUAGAGCCAGACCGUCCAGUGGAGAGACAGCAGGAACAGGCUGAGCCCCCCCAGAUCAAAGGACCUGAACAAGCAGUAGCAGACAUGAAAAAGAAGGAGGAGGUACAGCUGGACCGCCCCGACGCAGGUGUGGCAGUACCUGAUGGGGAGGCCCAUCGGCACGAGCCGCCCAUCCCUCACGAUGAGGUCCAGAUAGAGAAGAGGAAGAACGACGCCGAGCUGGAGGAGGAGAAGAACCAACCUGCAGCGGGAGGAGAAGAGGGGCAGUCUGAGGGAGGAGAGAAGAAGGAAGUGGUGGUGAAAAAGGAGGAAGUGGAAGAGGCCGAGGCUCAGUUCAAUGAGGUGCUGGAGAAGCCUGACCCGGGGGUGGGGAAGAAACAAGAAGUCCUGCCCCUAAAGGAAGUGGAGAAACUUGACCCAGUGAAAGAGGUGCUUGCUGUGAAGGAUAUGGUGGCUGAGCAGGCGCUGGUUGAGGAUUCGGCCAAAGCCCCAGAUGCUGCUGGGAAACGUGAGCCGGCGGCCCCAGUUCCUGUAGCAGUGGUUCCUGGGGCAGCGGAGGUGGCUGCUGCUCCAGAAGCAAAGGAAGAGAGGGAGGGAGGAGCAGAGGACAAAAUGGAUGAGGGUCAGUUGGACCAUGCUGUUCUGCUGCAGGUUAUAAAGGAGCAGCAGGAGCAGCAGAAGAGACUGUUGGACCAGCAGGAGAAACUACUGGCUGUCAUACAGGAACAACACCAGGAGAUGCACCCCAAAAAGACAGAUGGAGCUCCAGAGGCUGAUGCAGAGAAGGGAGUACAGGAGGAGGGGGGAGCAUCCAAGCCCAAAGACCCAGAUCAAGAUGGCCCUGCCCUGGCCUCAGAUGCCAAGGAGCCCAAAGGAGCAGGAGCUCUACAGGCCGGAGGGGCCGAGCCUCACGUCCAGCCCCAGAAUGAGGUCCUCCCUGUGGAGAAGAGUGCAGAAGAGCAGGUUGUCAAAGUGGUUCUCCCCGUGAUCCCCAAGGAAGUAGUCCAGGAAGUCCCUAAACAGACGAUUGUGGCAGGGGCAGCGUUGGAGGCCCCUAAGGAGAGGGAGCUGGGAGCUAGAGGGGUACCGCUGCGUCAGAAGGUGGCAGAGGGGGUGAAGGUAGAACCAGACCAGCCCAAACACAGAAAGGAGCAACCACCACCUGCUAAAGCUGAGGACGGGCCAGGGAAAGGAUCGGUAGAGGCAGUAGUAGACAAGGACAAGGAGAGGAUGGAGAAAGAGACACUGGAGGAGGAAAGGAUCAAUAGAGAGGUGCAGGCGAGAGUGGAGAAGGAACGGUUAGAGAGGGAGAGGAGAGGGAAACUGGUGAGAGAGCAGGAGAUGGAAAAAGACCAAGUAAAGGAGAGAGCGGAGAAAGAGAGGCUGGGAAAGGAGCGAGCAGAGAGGGAGAAGGUGGAUAAGGAGAAAGCAGAGCAAGAGAGGAUCCAGUGGGAGAAGGAAAAGACUGAGAGAGAGGUGAUGGAGAGAGCGAAGAGGGGAGGAAGAGGGGAGGAACCGGCUCUGGCUGUAGCUGGGCCAGGACCUGUCGAACCAGGAGAACUAGGGGCUGUGAAGAAGAGUGGACGGGACCUGAAGGAGAGGGCAGCCGUCCAGUCAGACUCCAGGGACUUUGUGGAAGCCCAGCCCCAGGUGAUCCACGAGAAGGAGAAGGCCAGGGACCAAGGAGACAUGGACCUGAGGAGGAGGAGGAGAGCCCUGGGGGUAGGAGGUGCUGAAGGGGCAGGAGAGUACAGGGAGGGUGGGCUGGAGCCCUUCUUGGACAUGGGGGGGUCAGAUCUCCAUGCAGCCUUGGGGGGAGCACUGGUACACACACGCCAGAUUAAACAGACCUCUGAGCUUGAGAGAGACGAGUAACAGGGACUGGGUAACGGCAUACACGCACAUGAAUACGGUAUAACAUACACUCAUGGACCGUUGGGUUGGACUGUGUGAAUCCCUAUAUUUAAACCAACACACUCUCACAUAGUGGGUCAGACUGUGCACACACACACACUGGGUCAGACUGCGCUAACCUUGUACACAUGUUCAUACUAAUCACAAUGCAUACACACACUCUUUCUCUCCCCCACACAGUCAUGUACCGUGGAUCACUCUAUUGCCUUACCACCUGCCUUCACAAUACCUGACAAGUACAGGAGGAGUGUGAGUGUGUGAGAUGCAUUGAUGUGAUAGGGAACAUUCUGGCUGCAUUUACACAGGCAACCCAAUUCUGAUCUUUUUCACAAUUAUUGGCAAAAGAUCUGAUCUGAAUUGGGCUGCAUCUUCAUGUGACCUUAGUCUGUGGGCAUCUAUUACCAAAUACUAGUGCUUUCUUUAGUGCUCCUUCCAUGAUUCCAGAAGAUACAAGAUAAUAGUGAUGAUAAAGGGCGGCAGGGUAGCCUAGUGGUUAGAGUGUUGGACUAGUAACCGGAAGGUUGCAAGUUCAAAUCCCCGAGCUGACAAGGUACAAAUGUCGUUCUGCCCCUGAACAGGCAGUUAACCCACUGUUCCUAGGCAGUCUUUGAAAAUAAGAAUUUGUUCUUAACUGACUUGCUUAGUUAAAUAAAGGUUAAAUAAAAACAAAGAUAUUGUAGCAAUGAUCACAUAUUAUUCUAUAAUAGAUCUAGUCUUUAUUAAAAAUAUAUUUGUAUGUAAAUGUUAACUUAUUUUUAGUUUUCUCUGGGGUGAGAUUUGGAUGCAAUGCAAUACCACAUACAGAUGUUCCUUUUUUCCUGUGUUUUGAGAGAGCAAUGUACCAUCUAUCCAAUGACUUGUAUUUUACUCAUUUUAAAUCCCUUGAUACUUCUAAGUGAUUUGGCGUUUUCAUUUUGGCUCUGGAAAGAUUACGUGCUGGUGUUUUUGUUACUGUAGUGGUUUUGUUAAGCCCAAUGUAUGUUGGUUAUCGUGUGCUGUAAAUAGCGUCUAUAUGUUCUCUGAACUGUCGCUAAAUGUCCUCGUGCUGGUUUUUACAUAUUUUCGGAAAGCGUUCAAAGAACAUUUAAAUAGGGAUCAAUUGGUGAGAUUCAGUGCUUCUUCCAGAUAAUUUGACUCUUGAUUUUGAAAACAGAAUCAUAUUUUUGAUCAAUAAAAAUAAGAAUGUA